CUAGAUUCAAUGACGAGUACUUAAGAGCCAGCCAGCGAUCUAGAUCUUCAUUCCCCAUACUCAGCACGACGCACCCAGCCAUCUGGCAGUAUCAGAGACCUCCAAGCAACGAACAACCACACGAGGUCGACUUGGGAAAUCCACUUCUGAAUUCAGAUACAAGACCCGAAUUCAUCCGCUCUUCUAGAUCUCAUUGUAGAAGUAAGCUAGCUUCACAGUCGAAUUCGGCUGAUUUCACAGCACCUUAAGUAAAGGCCUACUCCACUUAUAUACCACCGCAACAUGGCUUCACAAAUUCUCUUUGUUACUAUUGCCCUUCUCGGAUCCUUAUGUGUACACCAAGUAACGGCUCAAGCUCCACUAACAGCCCCAAGCCCGAGCGCAGGAGGCCCAUCCCCUGGCUCUUCUCCUUCUAGUACACCCUUUCCCACUCCCACCGCUGCCCCUGUGGUUGCUCCCUCACUUGCCCCUGUUCAGACUCCAACUGAAGUUCCCACGAUGGCUCCUUCAUUCACCCCCUCCAUCGAUCCUUCCACCGUCCCUGUGACUGCUCCCGUACCUGCUCCUCUUGCUCCUUCCACCGUCCCUAUGGCUGCUCCCGUACCUGCACCUCUUGCUGAAGUUCCCACUGCAAGCCCUUCUGAGUCGGCACCAGCACCAGGACCUUCUACGGAAACUAGCGCCGGAUUUAUGACUAGCGGACGCGCAUGGACAGGACUGGCUCUCGCUUCAGCCGUUGUGGCGGCCUUGGCUUGAUCAGAAUCUACAGCUUUGACAGUUCAAGCAGCCUUGACCUGGAUUCAAGACAGUGCAGCUAGCAUAGAUUGCUAUAAAGCUGGCUUGAACUCCAAUAAAGUCUAUUAAAUUCCUGCUAGCAGAAUGUCUUUUGAGGUGGAUGGCCUCUAUUCAGAAGGGGUCAAUCAUAAUUGAGUCGCAUUAAUCGACCGUUAGAAAAAAUAUUUAGGAACAUUUUUUCCAGUAAACAUUUUGAAUAAAUGUUAGCUUGAAGUAGGUGGCGUACGAUCAGAAGAGAUAAAUUUGUUGUAGAUUCACUACAUUGCAACUGAAUAAACU